GCGGCCGCAGGACCGCGGAGCAGCUGUAACUUGCCCGCCCGCUCGCCGGCGCGCUCGCACACCCGCUCUCCGCCGCGUGCCAGGGCGCAGCGCGUGGAGCGCCUGCCUCGCUUGGUCCCCUCUAGCGUCACCAUGCUGCCGCCGCAGCUGUGCUGGCUGCCGCUGCUCGCCGCGCUGCUCCCGCCUGUGCCUGCGCAGAAGUUCUCGGCGCUGACGUUCUUGAGAGUCGAUCAAGACAAAGACAGAGACUGCAGCCUGGACUGCCCAAGCCCCCCUCAGAAGCCCCUAUGUGCCUCCGAUGGGAGGACCUUCCUGUCCCGAUGUGAGUUCCAGCGGGCCAAGUGCAAAGAUCCGCAGCUGGAGAUCGCCCACCGUGGGAAUUGCAAAGAUGUGUCCAGGUGUGUGGCUGAGAGGAAGUAUACCCAGGAGCAGGCCCGGAAGGAGUUCCAGCAAGUGUUCAUCCCAGAAUGCAAUGAUGACGGCACCUAUAGUCAGGUCCAGUGUCACAGCUACACGGGUUACUGUUGGUGCGUUACACCAAACGGAAGGCCCAUCAGUGGCACCGCUGUGGCCCACAAGACACCCAGGUGCCCCGGGUCAAUAAAUGAAAAGAUACCCCAGCGGGAAGGCGCAGGAAAAGCAGAUGAUGCUGCAGCCCCAGCAUUGGAGACUCAGCCCCAAGGAGAUGAAGAAGAUAUUGCAUCUCGUUAUCCUACACUCUGGACUGAGCAAGUUAAAAGUCGGCAGAACAAGACCAAUAAAAAUUCAGCCUCCUCCUGUGACCAGGAGCAUCAGUCGGCUCUUGAGGAAGCCAAGCAGCCCAAGAACGACAACGUAGUGAUCCCUGAGUGUGCGCAUGGCGGCCUCUACAAGCCAGUUCAGUGCCACCCGUCCACCGGUUACUGCUGGUGCGUGCUGGUGGACACUGGGCGGCCCAUUCCUGGGACCUCCACGAGGUAUGAGCAGCCCAAGUGUGACAAUACAGCCAGAGCUCACCCAGCGAAGGCCCGGGACCUAUACAAGAACCGGCCACUGCAGGGUUGUCCUGGUGCCAAAAAGCAUGAGUUUCUGACAAGUGUCCUGGAUGCACUCUCUACAGACAUGGUUCAUGCUGUUUCUGACCCCUCUUCCUCCUCUGGCAGGCUGUCAGAGCCAGACCCCAGCCACACCCUGGAGGAGAGGGUCGUGCAUUGGUACUUCAAGCUGCUGGAUAAGAACGCUAGUGGAGAUAUUGGCAAGAAGGAAAUCAAGCCCUUUAAGAGGUUCCUGCGAAAGAAAUCCAAGCCCAAAAAGUGUGUGAAGAAGUUUGUGGAAUACUGUGAUGUGAACAAUGACAAGUCCAUUACUGUGCAGGAGCUGAUGGGUUGCUUGGGUGUCACCAGAGAGGAGGGUAAAGCCAACACCAGGAAGCGCCAUACCCCCAGAGGAAAUGCUGAAAGUACUUCUCAUCGACAGCCCAGGAAACAAGGAUGAACGGCUGGCUAUCCAAGGCAGUUCCUAGACAUGUGGGAAUCUCCCUCACCAAAGAGCUAUUAAAAAUGAAAAACAUAUAGUAUUUGCACUUUGUACUUUAAAUGUAAAUUCACUUUGUAGAAAUGAGAUAUUUAAACAGACUGUUUUGAUCUGUGAAAAUGGAAGGCUGGCUUUGGGAAAUUAAUCACAUACAAUGUAUGUGUCCUUGUUUGACCUUAAAGAUCUGCACCGGUGGGGAUGGGUUUUGAAUGCAUUUCAAGUUCACUCCCUUGUCCCUCUGUGGAGGGCCUGGUUUAUACUCUGAUCCUUUUGUCUGCCUGCAGUCUCUGUUGGCUUGUUCCCAGUGCUCUUGAUACAAGCCAGAAGACUAUCCUAUCCUUAGAAGUUUGCAGGGCCAUGCAGUUCCCAUGCAUGGUCACCUGGUCUAGGGUUGCCUGUUCCAUGAGGUUUUUCUGUCUAGAGAUGUCACACCCUGGUCACACAGGCACUAGCUGGAGCACAGCCUUAACUUCUAGUAUCCCCUGGCUGGGGCUGUGCUGUCAGGCUCCGUCAGGCUCCACUCCGAGCUUCUCCUUGAGUUUUGCCUCUGCUUGAGCCAAUCCUGCUGUUAAUCUCCAGGGAGCUGACUGGGCAGAGCACCAGAGGGUCCUCCUUCAGAGAGGAAACCUAACGCUGGCAGACUGGCUCCAUCCUGCUGGCUCAGCACCCAGCCCACCUGCCUCUCUUCCAAGUGACUGUUCCAUCCUGCUGUGGCCCUCCAUAGGGUCUCCUGGAAGGGAAAAUGUCUUCUUCAGAGAUCAUGGACCACGUCCUGGGGAAGACACAGCUAGAUGACAUCAUGCCAAGAGUCCUGAACAGCAGGCAGCUAAGAAUGUCACUUAUGAGGGGAUUCAUCCAAGGCACUUAUGGGAUGAGGAUUAGGAGCUGGAUGCCCACGCUGUGGGAGACUGGCCUGACCUGUGUGUAUGGUUGGUUACCAUUCUCAGACCUAGACUCUAGGUCAAUCUGUACUCACUGCUCUCAAGAAACAAUUGCAGAUGGGGGAGAGCUGGGGCAAUUCUCUCAGAUGGGCUUCUAUAUGGAAGACUGUUCAUGGCCCCCAGCCUCUCAGUAUAUGUCUGUGGAUGUGCACACACACUCCAAAAGGCCUUUGCUUAUUCGAACUGUGUAGAGGUAAGAUUUGAACAGCUCACGUGCAUGUCAACAUUGUCUACAAAAAAAAAGUAUGAUCCCAACUGUUUUGGAUAAUCUUUUAUAUUUCUGAAACCUGAAUUUAAUCAUUUUUAUUAGAUUAAAUAUGCUAUUAAAACUGUAUCAGUCUUCUUUUCAGCA